CUUCAUAUCUACUCUACCUUCAGUACGGAGGGAGCCAUCUACCACAGCAACAACAACACCAAUACUAAACAAUCUACAAAUCAACAUACCAACAUACACCGUACCUCAACCACACACAAACCCCUCAGCUAGUCAGCUACACAACCACAAAAUGGCACCCCAACCCACCAUCCAAACACCACAGCCCACCGCCCAACUACAAACCGAACAACCAACGACACAGCACUCAAUGAGUACGUCCCAUCCCCUCUAUCCCCUCUAUUCCCUCUAUCCUUCUUCCCAACCCAACCCAUCCCAUCUUCUUCACCUCCAUCUACCCUACCUCCCCUCUCAUACACUCAUCCAUACAGUGAUGUACUACACUAACACCACAAAACCAGACCUCACCCCAACACCCCCACAAGAACAGCAGGCAAACCAUCAGGCAGAGGAGCAAGUUCAUCUGCGAGGUGGCGAGAUGUGUCCGGGUCGUUUUUGCUUUAUUAUUCCGUGUCCGUUGCCUUGUCAUUGUUGUAUUAUCUAA